AUGGCCUCUUCUCCACCUACAAUGAGCUUGGUGUUAGUGAUCUUGAUGGGGUUACUUUGCUCGUCAAAUGCUCGUACAUUCAUCGUUGGCGAUGAAGAUGGUUGGAUCUUUCACCCCUUCGAGAACUAUACUCGUCGGGCCGAAAAAAAUCGUUUCGAAAUCAAAGAUGAACUCGUUUUCAAGUACGAGAAGGGGCACGACUCAGUUCUAGUCGUGAACCGAAACGACUACGCCAAAUGCAACAAGGAAAACCCCGCGAAAACCCUCAAGAACAGUCGAUCGAGAUUCGAGUUGAGAAAAUCGGGCCCGUUUUUCUUCAUAAGCGGGCACGACCAAAACUGCGAAAAGGGGCAGAAGCUCGAAAUCGUAGUCCUCUCCCGACAUCAUCAUAAUCGAGACUUGCCGACCCCUUCACCAGCAGCGGGGUCCACGGCCCACCUGCCGCCAGUCGAGCCUCCUUCCCAUUCCCUGAGCCAUCGUCGACUCAUUCCUCAUAGCUCAGCUCGUGGGAUUCGACUC